AACUAAAAUUAGCAGGGGAGAGCCUGGUUCAAACCAAAAUUUGGCAAUGGAAACCAACCUUAGUGAAAUUUUGAAGGAGUUGGGGAAUCUUGAAGAAGUGACUACUGCAGACCAGAAGCUAUUCGAAGAUAACCCAAAUGAGACUAAAGAAGAUGUGGUAAAAAUCAGCAUGAACUCUACCAUAAACGAUAAUGAUAGCAAAGAGUUUGUCUUAGAUCCUGAAUUCCUCCAACAAGAGUUAGACCAAGAUUUAUCAGAUGAAGAAGGAGAGAUCCAACUUGUCAUCCAAAAGGCUAGGGAUUCUAUCAGCAGGUCUUCCCAAAGCCCACAAAAGUCCACUAGUGUGACCCCUGUCAAAGAUCAGGAGGAGGUUGACAUUAUCUCAGAUACUGAAGACAACGAAGAGUACCAAAAAGUAUCAAAAUUUCUUAAGGAAAAGAAACAGUAUGAAGAAAAUAUCCAUCAACAGUAUACUGCAAAUCUUGAAGUCCAUGAAGACUGGAAUGACGAGACAGUGGAUUACCAUCUGGAACAUAGUGACUUGCCUGACUCAAACCUUGAGAAAUGGAAGAGAGACUUCAGAUGGAAUCAAGAUAUUAUAGAUACUAAUAAGAAAGUCUUUAAGAAUGACAGUUUCCUUCCAUGUCAAAAAGAAAUCAUUAAUGCUACCAAGGCCAGAAGAGAUGUCAUUGGUCUUAUCCCGACUGGUGGUGGUAAAAGUCUCACUUUUCAGCUCCCAGGGUUGACAGAGAAAGGUUUCACCAUUGUUGUAAUGCCUCUACUAAGUCUAAUCGAAGACCAAAUGCAAGCAAUGAAGAAAAUUGGAGUAAAAUGUUUCUUUUUCUCUGGGUCUAAAGGUCACCAGAAGUUCCUAAAGGAUCUUGGAUCUAAUAAUCUUGGAGACCAAAAGCUGAUCUAUAUUACUCCUGAAAAAUUAGUGAACUGCUUUGAACUCCUCGAUACACUCGACCAUCUAUACAUGCAAAGACUCAUUCAGAGAUUCGUCAUAGACGAAGCUCAUUGAGUCGUCCAAUGGGGAAACGAUUUCAGAAGGGAUUACCUUGGUCUGAAGAAAAUCCGAAGAAGAUUUGAAGAAGUGCCCAUUCUUGCUCUAACUGCUGUUGCUACCAAGAAAGUUAGUGAUGAAAUAAUAGAGCAACUGAAUAUGUCUGCCAACACAGUCAAGAUCAAGAGCUCCUCCAAUCGGCCUAACUUGUAUUAUGAAGUUAAGCAUGUGAAAUGAUGCAAAGAUAUCAUAAAAGAUAUUCUAAAACUGCUAAAUUCUAAAUUUAAAGAUCAGUCAGGAAUCAUUUACUGAGCCACACGGAAGGAGUGUGAUGAACUAGCUGUGAAACUAUACCAAGAGCACAAAGUUGCUUGCGCCCCUUAUCACUCUAACAUGUCCGAGAAGGAUAGAAAGUCCGUUCAAAGUAUGUGGAUGGAAGAUGAAAUCAAGGUAAUCGUCGCAACAAUCGCCUUUGGAAUGGGCAUCAACAAGAACAACGUUCGGUUUGUUAUCCACUACAAGCUUCCUAAAUCUCUUGAAAACUACAUGCAGGAAUGAGGAAGAGCAGGUCGAGACCAGAAGCCAGCUCACUGAAUGCUUUACUAUUCAUACUCUGACCGACGAAAGCAGGAAUGCCAUAUGGCCAAGACAUCGAACGAUGAUUUCAGAGAGACAAACCUGAAGUCACUAUAUUCCAUCGUAAACUACUGUGAAGAACCUUACCUCUGAAGAAGAAAAAUGCAGCUGCAACAUUUAGGAGAGAAGUUCAAGAAAAAGGAUUGACAGAAUACCUGUGAUAACUGACAGAGAGUUAGUAAAUCAGGAGGGAGGAUUGUUGAAGAAGAUUACACCCAAGAAGCUAAGACAAUCGCAUAUUUUGUCUCACGGUGUUCUCAGAAUGGCAGACAUUGUCAGUGGACAGUCAUCCAGCUCGCCGAAGCACUCACAGGAAGGCCUUGUAAGAAAAUCAAUAAGUUUUGUGACCUUAAAAGAGAUUUUUAUGGAAGGCUUAAGUCUCUUGAUCAACACAUGGUUCGUCGUAUCUGUUUGAGAUUGGUUGGCUUAGGAAUUCUGAAGGAACAGAUGGUGAAACUUGACUACUCUCAUCUCUCCUCUGGUGUUGCAACCUACAUAUUCCCUAACAACGACGCUAACUUCAAACGCAUCACAAACCACAAACACAAAGUGUUCAUGACAAAUAUCUUCAUCGACCCUAAUAACAAGCCGAAGCCAAAAGCAGUGAUCAAAGAACUUCCGAAGAUGAAGGCAAAGCCAAAGCCAGCUGCUAAAAAUAAAAAGAGGGAAUCCCAGAAAUUAUCAAAAGAUGCUGAUGAAAGAAGGAAAGCUAAGUUCGAUAAGGAUAUUUCUAGUAUAAAGAAGCGUGAGAAGAAGGAUUUUGAUAAAAAUCGCGUGCCUUCUUCAGAUGAGCAAGAGUUCUCUGAAGAUUGAUUUGAAGUAGGAAAAGUUGGAGGAUUAAAAACUGAAGAAAGGAGACAAGCAGUGAAUCAGAAAAAUAGCGAUGAGGAAAGCAAGAGUGAAAAUGGGAAGAAUAUGUCUUCUGGAUUGUUAAAUGGCUCUGAAGUUGAGAAUUUUCGCCAGGAAGAUAGCGAUGAUGAUUACUGACUUGAUAUUUAGUGUAAUUUAUAUAUA